UCCCGGCGCUGCAGCCGCGCGGUUCCCGCCCCGGUUCCCACCCCCUCGGUUCCCACCUCUCGCCAUGAGCCAGCGACAGAGCUCUCGCCGCGGCGGCUCCCGGCCCGACAUGGUGCCCGAGAUCGCCGCCGCCGUCGGCUUCGUCUCCAGCCUGUUGCGGACGCGGGGCUGUGUCAGCGAGCAGCAGCUGCAGGUUUUCAGCGGGGCGCUGCGGGAGGCGCUGGCAGAGCACUACAAGCACCACUGGUUUCCUGAGAAGCCGUUCAAAGGCUCCGGGUACCGCUGCAUCCGGAUCAAUCACAAAAUGGACCCCAUUAUCUGCAAGGCAGCGAGCCAGAUCGGACUCAGCCUCCCACAGCUCUACCAGCUCCUGCCCAGUGAGCUCACCCUCUGGGUGGAUCCCUACGAGGUCUCCUACCGCAUCGGGGAGGACGGCUCCAUCUGUGUCUUGUACGAAGCAACUGCCACAAAACCUGUGAGCUCCUAUGGGAUGCUUACCUGUAAGAACCAGAUGAUGUUAGGUCGCACCAGUCCUUCCAAAAACUACAUCAUGACUGUCUCCAGCUAAAUACUCCUCUUGUCCUUACACUGCCAAGACACAGGCUACUGUAUACCUCACCUGAGGAUCUAUUUUUAAGAUGAAGAUCUAUUUAUAUUUUUUAAAAAAAUCCAAGAAAAUCCAAAAUUAAAAUGUUGGACACCACUUUGAGCAGAAGUGGUGGUCUAGGUGCCUUUUUUAAAGCUGUUGCAAGCUUAUGAGUUUUUAUUAUGAAGCCGAUAUCUACCUAAUUAGUGUUGGAUGGCAAUUUUGGGCUGGCUUGCUUACUUGGGCAGCUUGGAAUGGAGGAAGAGGGGGAAGAGCCAGGCUGGGAAGUGUGGUUUGGUGGUGGGAGAUGUCUGUGUCACCUUGUCACCAUCCUGGUACCCAACAGUAUUGCUGUAUUGCCAAGUAUUGCAGUUCUGUUGGAGAAGGGAUGAAGGAGUUGCUGUCUUUCCUCCACUAAUUUCUUCACUCUCCAGCUGGUCUGAUCUCCCUGGGGCCUGGAUAUAGUGUUUGAGAGAACCUUGCCUCAGGGCUGGGGACUCUGGGAUCCUUCACCUUUGCUUUUGCACAUCUCUGGAUGCACUCCAUGUUGCAGCUCUGCUCUGCCCCACUCCCAGCACAAAGCAAGGGGAAGCAUGGCCUUUCUGCAACCCCCUCCAACUCUCCUGUCUGCUGCUGGACUGAAGGGGUCAUGUAGAUCUUGGUGUCCUGUGAAGUGGAGCAAGGCAGAGAUGCAUUGGGGGUCAGACUGUGCAGAGGAGGUCCCAAAGAUGACUAUUGCAGCCACUGUGGUGGCACUGGAGUGCUGUGGUUGUUCCUGGUGCUCCCCAGUACCUGGUGAUCACCAGGGAUGUGCACUGAGCUCCAGACCCUGAACCCAGCACUGAACUGCUGUGAAUUACGAAGCCUUUCUGCUCUUUGGGGAUAAGACAUCAGCCCAUGAUCUGCUCUUGUGUGGCCUCUUUGUGCUCCCAAGAGUGGAGUCGGCCUCUUGCUUGUGGAAGUUGGCUUAAUCCAGUGCUGAUGACUUGCUGUGUCACUUCUCCAGGAGAGCUGAAGCAACUUGCCUUAUGCCCUAGAGUUUGGUGUGUGAGAAGAACCCCCUUUGCCCUAUCUCAAAAUUGGAAGUAUUGAGAGUCUCUUCCCUCUGUUUGGGAUCCUCAGAUGCUUUGGUGUCCUAAUGUUGCUUUUAAAGUCACAGCACUUCUUCCCUCUCUUCCUCCUUUGGGUGGUCAGCAUGUGGCUGUCCCUGAGACUUGACUUCACUGAUACCUUGGUAAGGGGCAUCGUUUGGUUCUGAUCUCUUGGUACAUAACUGUUUUGCACAACUAAUGCUUGAUCCUGUGCUUUGUCUGUUCAAGCAAAACUCUUCUUGGAGUCCCAGUGGUACUUGUAUUUAGGGAGACUUUGCCUGAGGGUGGUUCAGGAUUUGGCCCUUAAACUGCUCUGACUACAAAUAGGCUGGGAGCUGAAACUGCUGCCCCAAGAACUUGACCUGCCUGUUCAGAAUGAGCCUUUACCAGGAUGUUGUGUGUCCGUGGCCUUUUUACUAACCAGCUGGUGCUCCUCUAGUGAUCCUGGGAGAAGUGAUUGGAAAAGCAGGGCAUUGACACAGUGGUUUGUAAUUAAAACUUCCCCAGGUUUGUCUCUCAGCACACUUUAUUUUACCUUCCUCUUUUCUGACCUGGCAGCUGUCUGGCAUAACCGGAGUCGUUCUUGCUCAAUCUUUGAUGAAUCAAGUUCUCAGACAUUUGUGCAAUAUAUUUCCAAAUCUUGGGUGUGCUGGGAGAGGAAGGAAGCUUCCCAUCUGCCACAGUUUGUAGCUUGUUUUGUUUUUUCUAAUAGAUGAAAACAAAAUUUCAGCAGAGCUCCUGAGCUCUGACUACUCAUGUGGAAAAAGUUCAGAGUUUUGUAAGCUUCAAAUAAUAAAUUCCAGAACUGGGAAACUAGCCUCAAUUCAAAAAUCCUUUUAAAAUGUCAAGUGGUGAGUUGUUUGUCCUUGAACAGUAAUAGCAGUGGCUCUGAAGUUGCAUCACUUCCCUCUGCAUCACUUGAAUUUCUCAUGUCAGCGAAGCAGAAGCUGAAAUGAAGCACUGGGGCUUUUCCCUUGGUGAACUUGUGCAAUAGGUGACAUCACCAAGAGGGGAGUACUGGGGAACUUCCAAAAAACCAGAUUCCUUUUUCAAGGAAAAGGGAUCUCGGUGCUUUUUGGAGUCCUCCCUUAACCUACUUAUGUGGAAAGCCCAUGAUAAGAACUGCAUCCAGGAUGAGCAGUGUUUGCUUUGCUGGGCUCCUUGGCUGGAUGUGGAGUUUCCUGAGGCUGGUCCUUCCUUGGGUUAUAACUUGUCACAAUUAAAGCAGUCUUAAGAUUUACACACCCACCCCUCACCCCACCCCCUUUUUACUCUGUUCCCUUCCUCUUAUCAGGAAAGAUUUCAGGAACAACAGCCCACACCAAAGGAACACACUAUAAUUGCUCUUAACGUGCCCCCACUUCCAGAACCAAAAUAGCCAAGUCUCAUUCUUUUUUGUCCCUGGUGUGGAGGAGUCUGAUGUUAAAGGUCUUUUUUUUUCCCCCCUUCAAAACCAACCAGACUUGGGUAUAAUCCAUUUCUCUCUUAUAGCUGGUUCCAUGUAAAAGCUGUGAAUUAGUGUGCUCUGUUGCCUUCUGCCUACAAGCCUGAUCAGAGCCCCAUGGUGUGUGUUUUCAGACAGUGUAUUUGAGGGGUUUCCUGUCACUUUUGUUUUUUGACAAGCUGGACUGUUGAACGGGACCUGCUUUUUGUAUUUGGUGAAAAUGGUAGAAAGUUUGUAAGCUACACUUGGAGGAGGGAGUGGAUGGUUACUAAUUGUAUAGUAGUGUUUUUAUAUACAGAAUGUACAGAUCCUUUGACAGACCGUAUGCUUUUGUUACUUUAAUAAAAAUGUAGCAGUAUAAA